AGCUGCUCCCUGAGCUAAACGGGAGGAACCGAGGUGGAGCAGCUGUGUGUGGGGUGCGCUGGGCCUGUGGGGAAGCCGCGUUGGAGCGAACCAAAGGGUCUGAUCGGACUCGGGUUGCGCCGAAGGGACAGCCCUGAGUCUGGAGGAGAAUCCCGGGCCGUGAGACCCGCCUUCCCUUGCCCGGGCCCCUCCCAGUUCCCCCAGCGACGGCUGCUUCCUGGUCCCCGACGCAACCAUGGCUGAAGAACAACCUCAGGUCGAACUGUUCGUGAAGGCUGGCAGUGAUGGCGCCAAGAUUGGAAACUGCCCCUUCUCCCAGAGACUGUUCAUGGUGCUCUGGCUCAAGGGAGUCACCUUCAACGUUACCACUGUGGACACCAAGAGGCGGACAGAGACUGUACAGAAGCUCUGCCCUGGUGGGCAACUCCCGUUCUUGCUGUAUGGCACCGAAGUACACACAGAUACCAACAAGAUCGAGGAAUUCCUGGAGGCCGUGCUCUGCCCUCCCAGGUACCCAAAGCUGGCUGCUCUGAACCCUGAGUCCAACACCUCAGGGCUGGAUAUAUUUGCCAAGUUUUCUGCCUACAUCAAGAACUCAAACCCAGCCCUCAAUGACAACCUAGAGAAGGGGCUCCUGAAAGCCCUGAAGGUUCUAGACAAUUACUUGACAUCCCCACUCCCGGAAGAAGUAGAUGAAACCAGUGCAGAAGAUGAGGGAGUCUCUCAACGGAAGUUUCUGGAUGGCAAUGAGCUCACCCUGGCUGACUGCAACCUGCUGCCGAAACUUCACAUAGUACAGGUGGUGUGCAAAAAGUACAGAGGGUUCACCAUCCCAGAAGCUUUCCGUGGAGUACAUCGGUACUUGAGCAACGCUUAUGCUCGGGAAGAAUUCGCCUCCACCUGUCCAGACGAUGAAGAGAUAGAACUGGCCUAUGAGCAGGUGGCCAGGGCUCUCAAAUGAGCACCUUUUAAAGGGUCUUUCACCCACUCUGUGCUCUCCACAGAGGCUUCCACGCUGCUGCAUAAUGGACACACUCCGAAAUAGCCAGUGGGCAGGAAACCGGGGCAUUUGUGUGGGGCUGGGGGUGGGGCUGGGGGGUAAAGCAAAGGAUAACAGACAAGGGUAAGAUUUUUAUUUUGGGUUGGGGUGGGUAGGACAACGUAUUUCAGUAAUAAAAUACAGAAUGGAAAAA